UGGGGCUGGGGUGGGGACCCUGCACACCAGGGAUGGCACACAUGGAGGCCAAUCAGGCUCUCCCACCUGUCACCCUGGCCCUUCUUUGCUUGGACGGCGUCUUCCUCUCCUCCGCCGAGAAUGACUUUGUGCACCGCAUCCAGGAGGAGCUGGACCGCUUUCUGCUGCAGAAGCAGCUGUCAAAGGUACUUCUUUUCCCCCCACUCUCCAGUCGCCUCCGGUACCUGAUCCACAGGACAGCAGAGAAUUUUGAUCUUCUGAGCAGCUUCUCUGUUGGGGAGGGCUGGAGGAGAAGGACAGUCAUCUGUCACUUGGAUAUCAGGUUACCCAGUUCAGAUGGACUCUCUGGCCCCUGCCACCCUCCUGCCUCCCAGCCUAGCAAGCACCGAGGACCUCGGCCCACCUCAAACCAAGGAGCACCUGCUGGUCCUCGGGGGGCGCGGGCUGGCCGGUGGCAUCGUGGACGCAAACCAGACCAGGCUUUGUAUGUGCCCCGAGUACUGCGCAGGCAAGAAGAGUGGGUACCACCCUCUACCCAAGGGCUCAAGGGAGAUGCUCCAGCUGGUGGGCUCCUGGAAGAGCCUGGAAAUGUUGGUGCUGAGGACCUCAACUCUGAUCAGGACCUCCCUGUGUUGACAACUCAGGCACCUGAGGACCUAGAGGGCCCAGACCAACGCUGUGACAGUGAACAGCUAUUGGACCUAGUUGGCAUUGAGUCCCCACAGCCCGAGAGCCACUCAGGGACAGGACAUGGGUUGGAGAUGGCCACACAACUUGGGUCCAGUCUGAGGCUGGACUCAGAAGAGGCGAAUGGGAGUGAGGUGGAGAAGAGCCUGGCAGAGGAGGAAGAAGCAGAGUUGGAAGAGUUGGGGCUUGGCAGCUACUCCGAGGAUGAUUACAGUGAGCUGCUACAGGAGAUAACAGACAACCUGACUGAGAAGGAGAUUCAGGUAGAGAAGAUCCAUGUGGACACGUCCUCCUUCAUGGAGGAGCUGCCUGGAGAAAAGGAUUUUGCCCAUGUGGUGGAGAUCUACGACUUUGAGCCGACACUCAAGACUGAGGACCUGCUGGCAGCAUUUUCCGAGUUCCAAGAGAAGGGGCUCAAGAUUCAGUGGGUAGAUGACACGCACGCGCUCGGUGUCUUUCCCUGCCUGGCCUCAGCCGCUGAAGCCCUGACCAAGGAUUUCUCUGUGCUCAAGAUCCGGCCCCUUACGCAGGGAACCAAGCAGUCAAAGCUGAAAGCCUUGCAGAGGCCAAAGCUCCUGCGUCUGGCGAAGGCGAGACCACAGACAAAUACAGCGGUGGCCAGGAGGCUGGUGGCCCGGGCCCUGGGGCUCCAACACAAGAAGAAAGAGCGGCCUGCGGUCGAGUCUUCUACCUCCCUGAGGCCCUGAGAGGCCCAGCAAGCCUGCAUCGGUGGCCCCAGGACGAAGCUGGUGCGCCAACACCACAAGCCUUUAUAGACACCGGAACAGCCCUGCACUA